AUGACGGAAAAAUUGCAAGCUGACGAAUUGCAAACGCAAGAAACUAAAGUAUCUGCAACCACUUUUAGCAGCCAUGAAGAACUGGAAAAUUUCAUCAACCGAAUUGGACGCAAAUUUCGGGCAGAGAUAAGGGGUGUGGAGCGAGUUCCUGAGGACAAAAGAGUUGAUACUUCCAAGUUAUCGCCGCUAACAAUGUUUCUUUCACCAAAUAUGUCGAUUGCAGCAUUAAGUACCGGAGCUUUAGGACCGGCACUUUUUGGUCUAGAUUUCUGGACUUGUGUUUUGUGUUCAGUAAUCUGGUCUGUUAUUGGUGCUCUUCCCGUGGGACUCUUUGCAGUGUUUGGAGCUCGUUUUGGGCUCCGACAACAGAUCUUGUCUCGGUACUUGACCGGCAACAUUAUGGGCCGAAUCUUUGCACUUUUCAAUGUUAUCAGUUGCAUAGGAUGGAACGGUAUAAAUUUGAUUCCCGCAGUUCAAUUAUUAGCAUCUAUGGGCCCUUUACCUCCUUGGGCUGGCUGCUUGAUCUUUGUGGUGUUAACUUGUGGAGUAGCCAUGGCCGGUUACAAGGUGAUUCACCUUUAUGAACGGUACUCAUGGAUUCCCAAUUUUGUUGUGUACUUGGUGGUAAUUGCUCGACUCACCAUGACCCAUACUUUUACUUUUGGAGACAUGUCCGCCUCCACUUCAGGAAAUGUUCUCAGUUUCAUUGCAACCAUUUUUGGAUUUGUUGCCGGUUGGGUUCCUUCUUCCGCAGACUACUUUGUGUACAUGCCAAGCUCAACUCCAGGUUACCAGAUCUUUUUUAGUAUGGUUGCUGGGUUGGCAAUUCCAUCUAUGUUCACCUUAAUUUUGGGUGCGGCAUGCGCAACGGCAACAGUAUCCACUCCAAUAUACCAAGCCGCCUAUGAAAAAGGGUCAAUUGGAGGCUUGAUGUACCAGAUCUUGGUGGUCAACAAUCUCCAUGGUUUUGGGAAAUUUUGCUGUGUUAUUCUUGCCCUUUCAGCUAUAGCCAAUAACGUUCCUGGUUCCUAUUCGCUUGCUUUAGCUGCCCAGGCCAUCUGGUCUCCUCUCGCCCGGUUUCCUCGUCUUGGCUGGUGCCUCAUCGGCAACUUUGUAUCGCUUGGACUCGCCAUUCCAGCUUACUAUGUUUUUGCCGAAACCAUGUCCAACUUUCUCUCCAUCAUCGGCUACAACGUUUCGAUUUAUAUUGGCAUAUCCAUGGCCGAACACUGGAUAUACCGCCGGGGAUUUGGCGGCUACGAUGUGACCAACUUUGAGAACCGGAAAACCCUUCCUUUUGGUAUUGCUGGUGUGGUUGGGUUCCUCUUUGGUGUGGCCUCGACGGUGCUUUCCAUGGACCAAACUUGGUAUCUGGGAGUUAUCGCUAGGGAAAUACACGGAGACAUAUCCUUCGAGCUCAAUAUUGCUUUUGCAUUUAUUGGGUACAAUAUGGUACGACCUUUUGAGAAAAAGUACUUGGGUCGAUAG